UGGUUGACGUACAUCCAGAUUUGCCUUUAUAAAUUGUCUAAACCAUAAACAUAGCUUAAUUUGUAUGUGUAAUGUUUGUUAUUUAAAAAAUAUUGAAACAAAUUGUGUUUAGUACGUUGCUUAAUCUGAAAGUUCUGAUUAUGGAAAACACAGUGGAAGAUCAAGAGAAUUUAAAAAUAUUUCUCCGACAGGCAGAACUUCAACACUACUAUGAGAAGUUCAGAGAUGUACUUAAGGUGACCAAAGUUUCACAGUUAAAGUUUGUCUUAAAUGGUGACUUGCAUCAACUUGGACUUUCGAAACCGGAGCUGAGGCGAUAUAGGGAACUGUAUUCCCUAUAUUUUCCAAAUCCAUAUUUAAAAAAAAUUAAACAAAUUUUAGCAGCCCUCGGAAUAAGUGAGCCAAUGAGCCUUGGUCAUGGCCAAAGUUCCAAUACGAGUGACUUUCAAUCAUUCCCAGAAAAUGUUAAAGUACCAACCAAACACAUAAUAUCCAUUGAAGAUAUAAAUAUCAGUAAAGAACUAGGUAUGGGCCAGUUUGGAGUGGUGCAACAGGGUACUUGGACCACCAAUAAUCAAAGACUGCAUGUAGCUAUAAAAUGCUUGGGCCAUGAACGCAUGACCUCAAAUUCAUCAGAAUUCCUGAAAGAAGCCGCUGUUAUGCACAGUAUUGAGCAUCCUAACAUAGUCAGGUUGUAUGGUGUCGUGUUACACAUGGAUUCCUUAAUGUUGGUAACAGAGUUGGCCCCACUCCGUUCCCUUCUAGAGUGCCUCCGCGAGGUGUCUCUUCGUACAAGCUUCCACGUAUCGAAUCUUUGCGACUUCGCGCAACAAAUCUGUGAUGGCAUGACUUAUCUAGAAAACAAAAGACUGAUUCAUAGGGAUUUAGCAGCAAGAAAUAUCCUAGUAUUUAGUAAAACUAAAGUAAAAAUAUCUGAUUUCGGCUUAUCGCGUGCAUUGGGCGUUGGCAAGGACUAUUACCAAACUAAUUACAAUGUGAAUCUCAAAUUACCUGUUGCCUGGUGUGCACCAGAAUGCAUUUUAUAUUUACGUUUUACCUCGGCUAGCGAUGUUUGGGCAUUCGGUGUUUGCCUUUGGGAGAUGUUUACUUACGGUUUUCAACCGUGGGCGGCUUUCUCAGGACAUCAGAUUCUAGAAGCAAUAGAUGAACCAAAUUUUCAGAGAUUAGAAAGGCCCGAAUUUUGCCCCGAUGCCUAUUAUUCCACAAUGUUAGAAUGUUGGGCUCAUGACCCAAAGUCUAGACCCAAGUUUAAAGAACUAAAGACAAAGUUACGUGAAAUACAACCAAUCCAGGUUAUAGCAAUCACCGAUUUCAUCCAACCACAAGAUGGCAGGCGAUGUAACUUUCUUGAAUAUAAAGCUGGUCAAGUUAUAACAGUGCUUGGAAAAGAGAAUUUUACAAAAUCUUCAAUGUGGUAUGGUGCACUGCCUACGGGUACCUGUGGAGUGUUCGACCACAAUAAUACAGAACCUUAUAUACAACCAGAGCAAGCUAUACCUGGGUCAUUACCUUCGGCACGAAAGGGAACGCGAAAGUCCGCGUUAUCACGUUCUGACGUCAAACGUCAUACGUACACUGGCAAGAAAACGUUACGAUGUAGUAUGAUAUCCAGUCCUCAAGGUGAUGUGAAGCAUACUGGACACGUCGGGGUUGAUGGUGCUUCUUUCGGCGAUAUAUCAUUCCUCGAUCCAGCUUGUACAUCAGGUCAAAUUCUUACACAGUACAAACCAUCGGAGGAUUUAGAACAAGUGCCACUUUUGAAUCCCAACUCACCAUCUCACUUAUCCGGAGCAAUGUGUAUGCCUCCUUAUCCUAUUUUAAAAGCCACAUACAGCGAAGGUAGAAACGACCGCGACGAAGUUGACUUGUCAUACACUGAUAAGAAGCACAAAAGUCCCAAAAAGAGCAAGCUUAAGUCUCUCUCUGAACCAUCUACAAGCAAGAGUAUUUUAAAUAAGGUGAGAAGCGCAUCACUGGGCCGUUCUCAGAAGCACGAGGAUGUCCAGCCGGUUUGCACGUGCUCCGGCAGCGAGGUUCACGAGUAUCAUGAAAUAUCUGACACUGACACGGAAGGUGCAGCGGCAGAAUGGAUGAAAGGCGAUAAUUUAGCGAUACCCGACAGUCCUGGAAUUCCGAAAAGCUGCAAUGACUUUGGACAGAGUCUACUUGAUGAGAUGGAAUAUAUGUUCCGGAACCUCGACACCAGGAAACGAGAUGAGGGUAUGAGCAAAUAUGUCGAUAAUGACAACAUAAGACCCCAUACUCUUAGUAAGGCGGAUAAGAAAAAGCAACACGGCAACACGGGUACUAUGAAACUGAUGUCAGCUCACGACGAGAGAACUCUGGAUACGGCGGUAGCACUUGCUAAUGAGAUAACAACCAAAUCUAUGAAUGAUCUAGACGGUGACCAGAAAGUGCCAAGUUCCCCUAAUGAUCGUUCCAAGUUCCACUUCAAGUUUCCAUUGGUGUCUUUACACCAGACCGCGACACAUGACGGUGAUGCCGCUGGUAAACAUGAAAGACGUAAUUUUAGUGAAGAAGCAAAAAGCGUACCGGAUAUUCAGUCUACAAUAACGGCGGAAAGCAAGCUUGCUUACGCAAGUCUGAUUGAAGAACCGAUGCCAUCAACUUCUCUCAUAUCUCAUAUGGAAAUGACACACAAACCUGCAACAGUACCGAAGCCCGCGCCACGUUUUAAAGAACCUCGGGCUAACUUUCUCUCUCUGCAGAAACAACCGAUUAACAGACCGUCAUCAUCAAGAGAUGCUAUGGAGCAAUUGCAUACUAAUAAUACCAUAAACGAGCUGCCUCUACCACCAAGGAGUACUAAACCAAAAUUGAUCGAUAAACCUCGACACAUAAGAAAGUAUCCAUUAAAACUACCAAACGCCAACCCAAACCCAGAGGUUCUACCGAAAACUAACAAUGAACAGAAUAAUCAAGUUAUAAUAUACCAGAAUGCUAUAACUUGCACAAUGAAACAGAAAAAUGUAGAGGAAAAUAAUCAAAAGAUUUGUAACCAAGGUGUGGAUGUAUUCGAUGGUCCUUCGAGAAUUAAUUUUGAUACGAAUCCAUUUACUAAUAGAUCAGGGCAACGUCAUCCGAAUCCGUUUAAUCCGCCUUUAACAGUAACUGACAAUGAAGAUGUAUGCACGUGUCCUACGAUAGAAAGGAAAUCUCUCGGCAAAGAUUACGUUUCUGUAGAAGAUUUACUUGAAUUUGCGGACCAGAAGCCCUGCGGCAGACAACGCGGCGUCGAGUCCGAUGAAGUUCGUAUUAUGAACAAGGUGUUAAAACAUCAGACAACACCGGAGGAAUGCCUCGAAGCUUUAGAAGUUAGCGAUUGGAACGUGCACCAAGCUAUCAAAGUGAUAAUGGUGAAGUUGUCAGUGAACACGCCCCUAGUGACCCUUGAGGAAUGCAUGCGGGAACUCGCGAACACCGCCGGAGACACAACUAAAGCUACCGCUGCCAUUGUCGCGUAUUUAAAUGAUUUAAGACAAUAAAUAAUUAAAAUAA